AGAAGCUAUCGUUUACAGCUUCACCAAUCGGUCUCAGAACGCUCUACCCCGACGAUAAUUGAGGAGCAAGAGGCGGAGGAUUUUGAAGAGGCCGAAUAUCGUCAGUUGCAACAAGAAGGGUACAAUUUCUCCCAGCAUCUAGCCGACAAUAACGGUAUCAUGUCUACCACUGCCACCACACAGGAUUUGGAUCAGUUGCUGGAGGAGCUUCGUCGAACUAGUCUGGAUUACUCCUCUACUGCUACUCGUAAUCUCGCACCCCAUCCCAAUGGUACUCACUCCUCUCGUCUCUACUCCGGCUAUCAACGUCCAACUUUUACAGAUUCUGGUGGCGGUAGCACUGCUGGAAGGUAUUCCACACGCUCCUACUCCUUCACUGGGAGUGGAGGGAGCCGUCCAGGUGGAAGAUGGACUAACACCUCUUCCACCUCCACGAGUUACCAGAGAUCCCAGGCCUAUUCCACUGAGCGUGGAAUGGGUGAAAAGCGAGGGACGACUACAGGAGAAGGUGGAGGGUUUGUGCGCCAUGCAACUCCUGCACCGCAGCUCUCCUCAAGCCAACAGCAACGCUACCAAACAACUUUCCGAACCACUCUUCAGCACAAACCACCCGUUUCGCCGAAGUGGUUUAAUCAGAUCAAUGUCACAAUAGAUCCAGAGUUUGGAACAGCCUCGGUAUGUGACACCUACACCUCAUCCACCCAACGUGUGCUUUCAGCACAGUAG